GUGAGCGGCGGGUGGCGGCCAGCCCAGGAGAGCUCCUUGUACACCAAGGGUGUCCCCAGGAGGCUGCCUCACCAUCUGCUGGAGUCCUUUGUGGAGGACCCAGCCUCAUUUGUUCGCACUAAGAUGGCAGCUGCAAGCUGGGCACUGAGCACCCUGCGUCUGGACACCAUCCCCAGGCUGCUGCCACCCAUCACCACCUCCAUCCGCAGCAACUCCAACCGUGCCUCCAUUUCCCACCUCCACCGGCAGCAUUAUGGCCGGCUCUACCCUGUCCUCCUGGUCAAGACUGACGGCUCCACCAUCCACCUCCGCUACAAGGAGCCAAAGAGGAUCCUCAUGCUGCCCCUGGACAGCAGCACGCUGCCCGAGGCGGAGCGCAAGGCCCGCCUGCGGCGGCAGUUCCCCAGCAAGCCCAAGGCUGAGCUAGAGGAGACCUUCGAGAGCAUCGACUUGGACACCUACAAGAAGUUCUGGAAGAAAUGAGGAUGUAGAAUAAAGUUUUCAAUA